AUGAAUCCGGAAGUCACAAAGUAUGUCCAUGCCACGUAUUUCGACUACUUCGGCGUGGAAAAGAUCCGUUCCGGUGUCGAAUAUCUUUGGGGUGACGGAAUGACAUCUUUAGAAGGUGAGAGAUGGGCUUCUCGCCGGAAGCUGAUUAAGCCCGCAUUCGACGUGGUCCACAUCGGAAACCUAGAGAAUCGAAGUCUUGGAAAGCAUGUUGACAGAUUGAUGGAACUGGUACCGCGAGACGGAUCAACGAUAGACUUGAUGCCGCUAUUUAGGCGCUUGAGCCUUGACACAGCCAGUGAAUUUAUCUUUGGAGAGUCUAUGAAUGCUUUGCAAUCCUCAGAUUCGCACAAGGAGUUCUUGAACGCCUAUUUUUAUGCUCAACAAGGAACGCUACCUCGCGUGAUGCUUGGACCCAAACUGCGCUGGCUCCAUCGCGAUCCCAAAUGGUACAGUGACAGCGACACGGUUCUCGGCUUCAUCGAUGAACGAGUCCAAAAAGCCCUGGCCAGACGGGAGAAUGGCGUAGCGGAGGAUGGCCAUGUUCGACUGAUUGAUGAGAUGCUGAAAAUAACUCAAGAUCGCAUCACGGUGCGUUUCCAGGCUCAGAACGUUUUUACUCCAGCACACGAUGGAGCUGCCAUCACCUUGAGCAACGCGUUUUUCCAUCUUUCCAGGAAUCCAAAGGCAUGGGCUACACUUCGAGCAGAAAUCAUGCCUACCAAGGAUUCGGCAAUCACUUACGACUUAUUGAAGACCUAUCAAUACCUCAAGAAUACGAUACGUGAGACCCACCGAGUCUCGCCAAUACAGACAUUUAUCGCCCGCCAAUGCAUCCGUGAGAUCGUUCUGCCGAGCGGUGGCGGCGAGGACGGAACAGAGCCACUUUACCUGAAAGAAGGAGACGUCGUGGAAAUGAAUUUUCGGUCCACGCUCAGAGACAAGGACUUCUGGGGGGAGGAUGCGGAUGAGUUUCGGCCCGAGAGAUGGGAUGACCUGAAGCCAACCUGGGAGUACACCCCUUUUGGUAGUGGCCCUCGCAUAUGUCCCGGGUUUCGUCUUGUUUUCGCAGAGGUUGCAUACACGUUGGUGACAUUUCUGAGGGCAUUCGAGAGGUUGGAAAGUCGUGACGAUAAGCCAUGGACUGAGGAAACGAGGUUUUCCUUCCAGAACUUGAACGGCGCUAAAGUUGCGCUAUUUCCUCCCCAGUCGCCCUGA